UGUGAAUUUCUCUUUCUUCCUUUCGGUUUGAGAGUCUUUCGAUCUGAUUGUCUCUCUACUGAUUUUUGAUGAUUGAAGUUUGAAAUAUUGCUUUGAUUCUUUAUGAUGCAUUCAUUGCAAGAACUUCUCCAAAUUUACCCUGUGGCAGAAAGUAUUGCCGCAGCUUUACCUCUUGGCGCUCUAUUGAACCUAUCCAGAGUUAAUCAUGUAUAUCGGGACAUUCUUCAUGGAUUUCCCUUCUCGAAUCCCUCAUCACUUUGUCCAUCUGAAGAGGAGAGCUACAUAGGGGAGGACAAAAUUCCAGAAACCUUUCCAGGAAACCCGAGUUUACAUCUUGGACAACACCAAACAAGACAUUGGAAGAAUCUCAAGUCCAAAGCCCAGCUUUUGUGCUCUGAGCCGCAGCAUAUCAAAGGUCCGAAUAUUCGCGGCUGCGUUAUGUGCAGCAUGCCCGUAUGCGAGGCAUGCGUAGUUCGCGCCUCGUUUGGGAAAAACGAAAACACAUUCAGUAAUCGAAAGCGAUAUCUAUGCCAACACUGCUGGGCGUCAGGUGUACCGCAUAAGGAAUGUCAUUUCAAUUCGACUCAAAAGGAUCGACAUGGAACUUAUCUACCGGUUUCAUGCUCGAAAGGUUCCGAUUACUCUGGAGAUAUAUGCACAUGCUCCGCCAAGGACGGUUGGCUUUGCUUGGCUUGCAAGAUACAACAACGCACCAAUCUGGACGAAAAGCUCAAUACAUGUUGUGGUAUGGGGUGCAAUGAAUCCCUUGGAAAUGGGAGAGAAAGACGGCGUGUCUGUCUCUGGUGUGACCUUCCACUACCACCAAAAGCAAGCUUGGGCGAGUCUUUGAAUGAUUAUGAAUUGAGACAUGUCUUUAACAAAUCUCAAUUGCUGAUUCCCCAAAGUCCUCACGAUGGAGAUGCGGACGAAAUGAGCCGGCCGCCGCCGCCGCCGUUCUACACCGAUGAAAACGACGGCCGUUCAAAUGCUUGGCCUCAAGAACCCGAGCCAGAAUGAGAAUGAUAUAGGUCGGGAUAGCACAGAGAACCCACCAGAAAUUUGCAUUCGACAACUGGACAAAACCGCGUUGGAUACUCACUAUUAUUGAGUCAUAGUUAGACUCUAAUAUACUGCCCUGCUCUUGAUCCCAAUUGAAUACAUAGCGAUAAGUAAUGCCAAGACAUUACUUGUGGUCAAUUCCAGCAUGGUGGGCUCGAGCAGAGAUCUAUUUGUCCACCCUCUCGCAACGGUGUCUGCCUUCCGCUUUAAUUACCAGUGGUCGGUAUCGUUUGCAGUGACCCGGCUUCUCGGCUCAAAGUAUUCCGAAAGAGGAUCCACAACACAUUAGCUCAAGACAGCAGCAUGACGACUGGAAAGAUGACCUUGACCGAUUAUCCAGUUAGUCUCAGUAAGAGCAGGGCCCAAGGAAAGUACGUAUUUGUCAAGACGUUCAA